UCCAUUUCUGCUAUGCCUUUCUAUCGCCCUGGCUCUACCUCCCUCGCCUUUUGCUUCAUAAGUGUUAUGUCUUUCUGUUUCCACUGAUCCGUUCACUUCCUGCAACACGCAUGCACACUGUGCUCUCACUCCCCUAUGCACACAAUUACAUAGUCUCUCUCACACAGACACAGAGACACACACAACGUGGUUGUUUAGACCAGAAACGCACGUAUCGCUCAGAGUUGUCAUCUAAGGAGGACUGGGUCCUUUCUCUCUUGAAGUUAACAUUUCGUCAAACUCAGCCUAUCUCCCACUCUCCACUCCCAACUCUCUCAUUCUUUCCCAGAUGGAGUUUGCCUGCAGUCACGUAGUGUGUAAUUGGAGACAAGAGAGUGAAGAACUGAGGUCGUGUUUGGGUUUGUACCCCUCUAAUCCCAGAGGCGAACAGGGAAUCUCAAUUCCAGGUACACCCUGUAAACUCCCUGUCUCAGAGCACACAUAUGACAACAGGAUCUCCGUCAUCCCCCAGACAGAGCAAGGGAUAUUGCCUCCACCCCUACCCCCACGAUGGUUUGGGUCUCAGGAGAAGCCUGGACCCUGCUUUCUGCCUCCAUCACCUCUCUCCAAUCUGCCCCCCCCACUACCUCCUCGAGGUCAGGAGGUCCAGAAUGAGAGCAUUCGACUCAAGGCAAAUGUUAACGUUCUCUCUCUCAGUGUUGGACAUCUGGUUGACAUCAGUAAAGCAACAGGUGUCCAGAGCACUGAGAAGCCUGCGGUGCAUUGUGGGAGAUGUAGUGCCGCCUUGUCAUCCCUGAGCUCUAUACAGAACAAACACGAUCCCGCAGUAUGGCUGUGUGAGUUUUGUGGAAAGGAGAACAUCCUGUCUAACCUAGACAUCCAGGCUGGUUCCAAGGUGGGAACCAGGGUACGCGGGACUCCUAACGGGAGAGACUUGAUCUACCUCCCCCUUCAGACUGACCAGGACUACCAGAACCUGGAGGAUGUCAUGGUUGUCUUCUGUGUUGACAUAUCUGGGAGCAUGAGUGUCACCUCAGAGGUUGCUCCUGGUAAUGCUAUGAGGUCGCCAACAUAUGUCUCUCGGUUACAGAGCAUUCAGGAUGCCCUCCAGAGGGCGUUGUCCUCUCUGCUGCAGACCUCACCUCACCGCAGAGUCGCCAUGGUUACCUUCAAUGAUGAGGUCGUAGUUUAUGGUGAUGGCUCAGGUAUACCAGUCACUCUGAGUGACUGGGCUCUAGUAGACUAUGACUACCUGAGACAACAGGGACAGCAAUACAACACACCACACUGCAUCGCUGAGAGCUACCAAUCCCUCACACAGAGAGUCAAAGAGUUGAGGGAGCACGGAGCUACAGCAUUGGGUCCUGCAGCCUUGGUGUCCGUAGCCAUGGCGUCUCGAUACGUGGGAUCAAAGGUAAUCCUUUGUACAGACGGGCGAGCUAAUAUCGGAUUGGGUGAAAUGGAGGAGAGUACCGCCCCUUUGUCCUCUGUCCAGUCUCCAUACUUUUAUAGACAACUGGCCAAUGAGGCGGCUAACAGCGGAGUGAUUGUGUCCGUGAUGACCUUUGAGGGAACAGAGUGCCGGUUGGCAGAAGUGGGACUAUUGGCAGACCAAACCGGUGGAAGGGUGAUGCACAAAUUCUGUGUGAAUAUAGUGAACAUCGGUACCGUAGCAACAGAGAUCCAAUCAGCUCUUGCCGACAACAUCCUAGCAACAGGCGUCAAAGCAAUGCUUAUAGCAGCUGAUGGCAUGUAUUUUCCUUAUGAGGAUGAGACUAACCACUGUCUAGUUAGGGAGAUAGGGAAUGUAACAGAGGCCAUACAGAUCACCUUUCAGUUUGCCUGCAAACCUGAAAAUGUGGAGAGUUUAAUGAGACGAGAAAGACUGCCAUUCCAGCUACAGCUGUCUUUCACCACUAGAGAUCAACAGAGAGUGACUCGAAUUAUCACUGAACAGAGACGGGUUACCACAAGCAGCUGGGUCUGGGCAGGCAGUCUGAACAUGUCCGUUUUAGGGGUCCACUGCGCUCAGCUGUGUGCCAGGCUAACUAUGGAGGGGAGAGUCCACGAAGCCCAGAGAUUGCUUCGAGCACAGCAAGAUCUACUGAAGGAUAUCAAUGAGCGGAGGCCCAAUUCAGAGGAGGACAGUAUCUAUGGAAAUUGGAUAAAAUCCAUGACAACCAUCUGUGAUGACCUCACAACAGAUUCCCAUGGUGAGAGCAACCCUGAAGACCUGCAGGGCCCCAAGCAGACUCAUGUGAACGUCCUGUCAGACGAAGCGGCUAAGGUGGUGUACCAGAUGAAAAGGGCAAGCAGUGUGGACCAGCGCCUGAGGAAAGAGACAGACACAACUGAUCCAUCCUGUCAACUGGUCAAAUUCCUCUCCCUUUGAUCAGCACAUGGUCUCUCAGAUUCAACAUGUUAGUUGUGUGUCUGUUUGAAAAACAUGAAAAGUAAACAACACACUCAACUCACCACUUUUUGUUUGUACAUAAACUUUAUUCAAAAAAUAUUUGCUUGCCCUACUAUCUUUUUACGAAAAUCACAUACAAGGCUAGUGUGUCUUGUAACAUUGUGAUGCUAUAAUAAAUCCUUCCCGCUCAUUCGUGUUAACUUUAUACUUCGUACAGUCUUUCCCUGAUCCCUUCGUUCUCUGCAGCAUUUUCAUCAGAUGUAUCUCGUAACCUUGUUACCAGGGAUGUAAAAUGACUUACCUGUGUUCACCAGGAUAUGAAUGUUCCUAAUUAAGACCUGCAGUCAAGUCCGUAAAUAAUUGGACACAGGUUUUGUUAUUUUGUCUGUUUACCAAAAUAUAUUCAAGUUACAGUUACAUAAUAGAUAUGGGCUUAAA